AUGGAUGAUGAACAAGCUUUAGAAGAAGAUAUCAAAGCUCGAAGAUUAGCAAGACGGCAACACAAUAGAUUUCAUCGUACCUAUGCCGAUGAUGAUGAUGAUAUAGAUGAUCGGCACUUGCCUCAUAUAGGGACUAGAGUGACAGAAGGCCACCGUAAUUAUCAGCUAAUGUAUGAUAUGCUGACAGGUAUUAGGAUUGCUGUAGGCAGAGUUUCUGCAAAAAUGGCCAGGCCUCUUUCACCGGAAGAUUUUACAGCUGCGCAUAAGCUUGUAUUUGAUGUCACUGGUAAUGAACUCACACCAGGCGUAAAAUAUGACUUCAAAUUUAAGGACUAUGCUCCUUGGGUGUUUCGUUAUCUAAGAGAGAAGUUCCACGUGGAUCCCGCUGACUAUAUGAUGUCUUUGACCAACAAAUAUAUUUUAAGUGAAAUUGGCUCACCAGGCAAAAGUGGCAGUUUUUUUUACUAUUCCCGAGAUUAUCGAUUCAUCAUCAAGACUAUUCACCAUACAGAGCAUAAAUUUCUUAGAGCAAUUCUAAAGGAAUAUUAUGAGCAUGUAUCUAAGAACCCCAACACUCUACUGUGUCGCUUUUACGGUUUGCAUAGAAUCAAGUUGCCGCACGGCAAAAAAAUUCACUUUAUCAUUAUGGGCAACGUUUUGCCCUCCAAUAAGGAUAUUCACGAGACUUUUGAUUUGAAAGGGUCUUUAUAUGGUCGGCUCACCUCUAAUGAAGAAGUACGCAAGAACCCACAAGCUAUUCAAAAAGAUCAAAAUUGGGUAAAUCAACGCCGUCGCAUCCAACUGGGUCCUCAUAAGCGUGCCUUGUUGCUGACUCAAUUAGAACGAGAUGUAGCAAUUUUGAAAUCAUUGAAUAUUAUGGAUUAUAGUUUAUUAGUGGGUAUACAUGAUCUGAAUAAAGGCAAUACGGAAGGCAUCCGUGACCAAAAUUUGCAAAUGGUUGUACCUUCACCGACGGAUCAUCAUCAACAACAUCACAUGCCUCAGUCGCCUUUGAAGAAGCGAACCAGCAGAACUGAAAAAGCUGAAAUUGUGCGUAAAGCACUGAAAAAUGCCAAUUUAGUCAAUAUUGAUACUUCAGAACUGCCAGCGAGUCCAUCAGAGGAACGAAAAUGGUGCAUAUUUUAUGCCGACGACGGUGGUUUUCGAUCCACUGAUGAAGAAGAGAUACCCUUGAAUAAACUAUAUUAUAUCGGUGUGAUUGAUAUCUUAACUCCAUACAACCUCGUAAAGAAGGCGGAGCACUUGUGGAAGAGUAUGACGCAGGAUAAAAACACAAUCUCGUCAGUACAUCCCGCAAGAUAUGGUCAACGGUUCAUGGAUUUUAUGGCAAAAGCGGUUAACGGCGCUUUCACUAGACAGGAUUCUCUCAACAGAGACAAGAUUAAAAGAGAGUAA